GACGUCAGGCCUUCACAUCUGGGCGUCAUUCUCAAAAGUUGGUGAAUCUCUCUAUGAAGCGAAAGGCACCAACGUCAUUCAUCAUCUAUUAUAUCUAUCUUUGAAUUUGCAGUAUUUCCAACAGGUCUACAUCGCCUUAAUGUGAAGCUGUAGCCGUGUUUAAAUCUAGACCAGCUCACAGUUACCUCUGCUUUACGAGCAGUGAACUGUUGUUAGCUUUUCAGAGCUAGCUGCCAGGGUCUCCUUCCAGUUGUGCCGUUAGCUGACUGCCGACAACAAGCAUGACGCAGCAGGGCCGGCUGGAGUUGGACGUGACGUAAGGAGCGGGAAGCAGCGCUGAUAUCAUGGACGGCAGAAGGAGACUGUUCACCCCCUGUCAGCAGCCAGCCUGCUCCCACGACGGCCCAGCUACACUGUGGCACAGCACGCCUGUUAAAAAGAACGAUUGUGGUUCUCCACCUGACGCUGAGCAACUAUGCGGCUUUGCCAGGGGCAAGUUGGGCGGUACCCCAACCCAAUGGGUCCAAAGUCCUGCUGGAGUGCCAGCAGGUCCCUGCUGUGCUCACAAUGCCCAGGAUGCUGAGCUCCCUGUAAGAGAGCCGAGUAGCUCCACCAUCCAGAGGCAGAGAAGGGAGCUCCAGCUCCUGAUGGCUGAACUCAAGGACAGAGAGCAGGAGCUGAACGCCAUGUCCGCCUCCCAUCACAAGCAGCGGCAGGCCUGGGAGCAAGACCGCCAGAGUGCACUGAUGUUGGAGCGGCGGGGGGCUCGCCUGGAAGAAGAGUUGCAGAUGUGCAACGAGGUGGUCAGAGUCCUGACUAGAAACGUGUGCGUUCUGGAAAGAAGAGAGAAGGAGGCGCUGAAGGAGCUCGGUGAAGCUAAACAGCUCAUCUGUGAGCUGGAAAAGAAACAGCAGAGCGUCAAUCAAAAGUGUCUGGACUACGAGGCAAAGAACCAGAGCCUCAGCUCCACUGUUAUGACUCUGUCCACACAAGUUGGCUCUCUGCAGGUUAGAGAGGAAGAACUGAGUUCAAUGCUCAAGCUAAAAGACAAAGAUGUGAGCGAAGCCUCGAGUCACAUCCUGGAGCUGUCUGGGAGGCUUCAAAACCUGGAGACGUUGCUGACAGAGAGUCGCUCACAGGAGAGCAAGCUCCUGCGGGACAGCGAGGAAAUGAAGCGUUCUUACAAAGAAGCUAAGCAGGAGGUCUCCCAGCUUAGAGAGGAGCUGCAGCAGCAGGUGACUCAAAGCAGCACGCAGAGAGAGGAGAUCAUCCGUCUGAAACAGGAGCUCCAGCUGCUUCACUCAGAUCUGGCCCUGGCAGGGGAGGACGAGAGCUGGAAAGAUGAGCUGCUGGAGCUGUCUCGCUCCAGACAGGAACGCGUCAUGUCUGAGCUGCUCUGCCUGCAACAGGUGUGUGAGAACCAGAGGAAGGACCUGCAGCUGCUCCGACUGAGCCAAGAAAGCUCCCAGAGAGCCCUGAGGGAAAAACACCACCAGGGAUUGCUCGACAGCCAGGAUGAAUGGCCGUCUAACUGUGGAGAUGUUCGGUCUGUGAAAAACCUCCGACCUGAUCCUGAAACUCUGCCAGCAGCUGAUGUUCAGGACCCCGGGGCAGCCAGUGGCAAACUGGGAGGCGUGUCAGCGAACGUGACAGAUGUUGCCGAUCAGCUGUCGGCGUGUUCUCUACAGCGGCUUCUGGGCAAGUCCAGGUUCCUCCACGGAGCUCCUGAGAGCAGCGCUUUGGGAUGUUGCGGCUCUUCGCCGCCUACAGGUCGUAUUUUGAACUGCACGGCCAUGUGCGAGUGCCAAGCAGCCCACCACCUCCCAAGUACCACCAUACUCAAGACCUGUGAUACUCCACCCAAGGCCUGCCUCCAUCCCAACGUCAGCCAGCUACACGGCAAUGUGGACGGCUUGACUAAAGAGGGGAUUUUCUCUGUGAAUCUCCAGCCGCUGUAAAAACAGUGUUAUAACCGAAGGCGCUCACACCAAAGGAGAAACUGCUUUUACCUCAGAACAAAUGUAGUGAUUUUAUGACCUCAGUAUCUUUUUAUAUCGUGUAUUACUUUUGGUAUUUUGUAAAUGUACGUUUGUGGAUUAACACACUCAGGGUGUUUCUUUUAAGCUUUAAUUCAGUGUUUUUACACAAUGUGAAGUGGGGAGACGUGAAACCGGUCCUACAGGCCUGAUGACUGGUCGUUGAGCCGUCUUUCCAGUUCCCCUGCCUUCACACGGUGACUCACAGGAAAUAUGUGAAACCCUCACUUGCUUUUACAUCUUGUAACCUGGACGAUCUGGCACUGCGUUUUUAUAAAGACCUUUCCUAUACA